GUAGAGGUGGCGUAAGAUUCCGACUCCAGGAAACACACAGAAAGACCCUUCAAAUUCCUCCUCUAUUUGGUCAAAACAUUUGCUACAACAACAGAAUUAUUUUUAUUUAUUUUUGAAAUUGAAAUUGAAAUUGCUUGCUGCUUAAUUUGCCCAAUCUGUCUCAAAAUUACAGUAGCGUGAUACCGACAUUUCCGCUGCCUGCAAAAGGAAAAAGAAGAAGAUCAGUUCUGACUGGUAGCUAGGGCUAGGGCUAGGGAUUUAAUCAUUACUUUCUCCGACCACCGCCGUUUUUCAACUUGGGGGGUUUGGAUUCGAAUUGCGGGCAGUGAUUGGGACAUAUGGGGAAUUGAACUGAUAUCAUAUUGGCAAUGGGGAGAUUUCUUGGUGGGUUUUUGUUGCCUCUGCUGCUGCUUGCAGCUGCUUUCAUGCACUGGAGCUUGAUCUCUCUUGGUGAUCUCAUAUCUUUUCUUCUUAUUCUAUUUCAUGCACCCAAAAUAGGAUUUCAUUUUGGAAGGAGGCUUUUAUUGUUGUGGUUCAUCAUCGUAUUUUCUUUAUGUGCUAUUUUUUCUCAACUUCUAUAUCUGGUUCUAUGGGCUAUCGAGUGGAGUACAGCAGAAGAGUGGUGGGGAAACCUCAUUGGACUCUUGAUAGCUGAGUCAUGGAAAUCACCAUCUGUGGUAUACUUUACGGUCCUUCAACUCUCCAUAGUUGCUGUUUCAUUAGUUGAUUUGUAUGGGAGCAGAUUUGGUCCUUUUUCAUCAUUUGAUUCGUGUUGGGGGAAAUUCUUAUCAACUGUUGAUCGUUUAGUCUGUUCUCAUAUAAGGGUUGCUUCUUGCUUGCUGUUGCCUGCUAUUCAACUGGUUGUUGGAAUCAGCCGUCCCUCAUGGGUUUCUCUACCAUUUUUUAUUGGGAGCUGUGUUGGUCUUGUGGAUUGGUCCUUGACAAGCAAUUUUCUAGGACUUUUCAGGUGGUGGAGGCCUUUUCACUUGUAUGCAGGCUUCAACAUUGUCUUGCUUUAUCUGUAUCAGCUCCCUGUGGAGUUUCCAGAUAUGUUACAAUGGGUAGCUGAUUUCAUUGGUCUCUUCAAAAUAACUUCAGCUUCCCAAUGGACCGAAGUUUGUUCAAGCUUCUCUCUUGUACUUUUUUACAUAAUGUUAUCCUGUGUUAAAUGUGAUCUAGAGGAGAUGGAUUUUAUUUUGUCUAUGAAAGAAAAUAACUUGACGGAGCAUCUUCUUCCCUCAAAGCAUUCAUUUUUUAUUCGUCAAUCUAGAUCUGGCGUAAGGCAUACCAAUGUCAUGUUGACAGGAGCAGUUUUCCGGACCUUCAGUAUCAACUUUUUCACAUAUGGUUUUCCGGUAUCCUUGGUUGCUCUUUCCUUCUGGAGUUUUCAUUUUGCAAGUGUUUGUGCUUUUGGGCUACUUGCAUAUGUUGGCUACAUCAUAUAUGCAUUCCCUUCCUUAUUCCGUUUGCAUCGAUUGAAUGGGCUGCUUCUUGUCUUCAUUCUCUUGUGGGCUGUUAGCACAUAUAUCUUCAAUGUAGCUUUCACAUUCUUGAAUUGGAAAAUUGGGAAGAACAUGGACAUAUGGGAGAUGGUUGGCUUGUGGCAUUAUCCCAUACCUGGAUUCUUUUUGCUUGCACAAUUUUGUCUUGGAAUGUUGGUUGCUUUGGGUAAUCUUGUGAAUAACUCAGUUUUCCUUUGCUUGUCUGAUGAGGAUGGGCGAUCAUCAACUGACAAUAGUACUAUUGAAGGUGAGGGAGAGACCAAAGUAUUGAUUGUUGCCACAAUAGCUUGGGGACUGCGCAAAAGCUCUCGGGCUAUCAUGCUGGCGCUAAUAUUUCUCAUUGCCAUGAAACCUGGUUUCAUCCAUGCUGUGUAUGUGAUAUUCUUUUUGAUAUAUCUUUUGAGCCACAACGUUAACAGAAAAUUACGCCAGUCUUUGAUUCUCCUAUGCGAGGUUCACUUUGCACUAUUGUAUAUCAUUCGGAUCAAUCCGAUCUCCAGUAGUUUGGAGCAAGAAGGCUCUUUGAGUGCAGAAGUCUUAUUACAGUUAGGUCUCCUUGAAAAGGAAAGCUCGUGGGAUUUCUUGGAAAUAGCUUUGCUUGCUUGUUUCUGUGCAAUUCAUAACCAUGGUUUUGAAAUGCUUUUUUCGUUCUCAGCAAUCGUGCAACAUACACCUAGCCUUCCAUUUGGAUUUGGCAUUUUGAAAGCUGGUCUGAACAAAUCAGUAUUGUUGUCAGUGUAUGCCUCCUCGUCCACUAAUUACAGCCAUGACAAUCCUUCUUAUGAGAGAAGAAUAGCAUUAUUCCUCAGUGCAAUCGGGCAGAAGUUCCUAUCUAUGUACCGAUCAUGUGGAACCUACAUUGCCUUUCUGACUAUUCUUGUUAGUGUUUACCUGAUGAGACCAAAUUAUAUCUCAUUUGGGUACAUAUCUCUUCUCCUCGUUUGGAUAAUUGGAAGACAACUCGUUGAGAGAACGAAAAAGCGCUUGUGGUUCCCAUUAAAAGCAUAUUCAAUUACAGUGUUCAUAUUUAUCUAUAGCUUGAGCAGCUUCCCCAGCAUUGAGGUUUGGUUGUCCAGGUUGAUAGACCUUGAUUUCUAUCUGGGGUAUGACUCAAAAGCUUCGUCUUUGGAAAAUGUUUGGGAAUCCCUAGCAGUCUUGAUUGUGAUGCAACUUUACAGCUACGAGAGGAGGCAGAGCAGGUACAACAGGUCAGAUGAUCCUGAUUUGACAGAAUUUGGAGUGCUUGGGUUUGUAAAGCGGUUUCUCAUUUGGCACAGCAACAAGAUCUUGUUUAUUGCAUUAUUCUAUGCAUCUUUGUCUCCAAUUUGUGCGUUUAGCUUUUUAUAUCUCCUUGGCCUUGUCAUCUGUUCAACUUUACCUAAAGCUUCACGAAUCCCGUCUAAAUCAUUCUUGGCUUACACAGGAUUUCUAGUAACAGGAGAGUAUCUUUUUCAGAUGUUGGGUAGCCAGGCUGCAAUGUUUCCUGGACAAAAGCACUCUAAUAUUGCUCUUCUUUUGGGUUUCCGUGAAUUUAAGGCUGGCUUCUGGGGUCUAGAAUCUGGUUUGAGAGGAAAAGUGCUGGUGAUUGCUGCAUGCACUCUUCAGUAUAAUGUUUUCCACUGGUUGGAGAAGAUGCCAAGUACUAUUCUAAGCAAUGGAAUGGGAGAGCCUUGUCCAUUGUUUGUGUCAGCAGAAGAUACAAAUAUUAGUGCUCCUAUCCCUAGUGAGGAUAACAGGCCAUCAACUCCACUUUCUGUGAAGCGAGAAGCGGCGAGAAGCCAUUCAUGGCCAUUUUUCUCCCCUGGUCUGUUGCAAUCACUCAAUCCCUCAACCCCAAAAGCAGGAAGUUCUGAGGGUAGUAGUGGUAGCAAAUAUUCAUUUGGGUAUAAUAUUUGGGGAAGCACCAAGGAGAGCCAUAAGUGGAAUACGAAAAAAAUCCUUGCCUUGCGAAAGGAGAGAUUUGAAACACAAAAGCUCAUCUCAAAAAUCUAUAUGAAAUUCUGGAUGGAGAAUUUGUUCAAUCUCUUUGGUCUUGAGAUAAACAUGAUUGCUCUGCUUCUUGCAAGCUUUGCUUUGUUGAAUGCCAUAUCUAUGCUAUACAUUGCAUUGCUUGCUGCUUGUAUUAUUUUGAAUCGGCAAAUUAUACGCAAGUUAUGGCCAAUAUUCGUCUUCCUGUUUGCUUCCAUUCUCGUUCUUGAGUAUUUUGCCAUCUGGAAGAGUGCUUGGCCUCCAAAUCAUCCUGAUGCAACUAAUCCACGUUGCUAUGAUUGCUGGCAAAAGUCAACCAUGUAUUUCAGUUACUGCAAGUACUGCUGGUUAGGACUUAAUGUUGAUGAUCCUCGAAUGCUUAUCAGCUAUUUUAUGGUCUUCAUGCUUGCUUGCUUCAAACUUCGUGCUGAUCAUUUGUCCAGCUUCUCGGGCUUAUCAACGUACCGUGAGAUGAUAUCUCAACGUGAAAAUACAUUUGUAUGGAGAGACCUCUCUUUUGAAACUAAAAGCAUGUGGACUUUCCUUGAUUAUGUGAGGCUUUACUGCUAUUGCCAUCUAUUGGAUCUUGUGCUUGCCUUGGUUUUGAUUACUGGAACCAUUGAGUAUGACAUCCUGCACCUUGGUUAUCUCGCUUUUGCACUGGUUUUCUUUCGGGUUAGACUUCAAAUACUAAAGAAAAGGAACAAGAUGUUCAAGUACUUGCGCAUAUACAAUUUUGCUCUCAUUGUUCUAUCUCUUGCAUAUCAAUCUCCUUUUGUGGGUUGUUCUGGGAAGUGUGAGACCAUAUUCGAGAUGAUUGGCUUUUAUAAAUAUGACUAUGGGUUUCAGAUGACUGCAAGAUCAGCUCUCGUUGAAAUUAUCAUAUUUAUGCUGGUAUCACUUCAGUCAUAUAUGUUUUCCUCUAAAGAGUUUGAUUAUGUGUCUCGAUAUCUUGAAGCUGAACAAAUUGGUAUGAUUGUGCACGAACAAGAAAAAAAAGCUGCAUGGAAAACUGCACAAUUACAACAUAUUCGUGAAUCUGAGGAGAAGAAACGCCAGCGUAACCUGCAAGUGGAGAAGAUGAAGUCAGAGAUGCUCAACCUACAAAUCCGGCUUCACAGCACGAACUCAGUUACUGACUGCGGUGACUCUUCUCCUGUCAGUGAAGGCCUAAGAAGGAGGAGAAGUACUUCUCUUAACUUGAACAAUGAUGCUUGGACCCCUGAUAAAGAAGGUUUUCCCAUGAAAAAGGAGCAGAUAAUUAGAGAGACUUCUAGCAAUGAACUGCAUGAAUCUCCUGCAACAGGGAAUCUGGAAAACCUCACAGUUGCGGAUUCUAUGAAAAAUUCAAUGCAAUCUAUUCAUUGUGAGAUCACCGAAAUUGAAGAGGACGUUGCUGAUGGUACAUUUUCUGAUUCAGAGAAGAAAGAGAAGGGUAAAGGGAAAUCAAUGGAUAACCCUCUAAUAUCAGCAGUUCAUCUGAUAGGUGAUGGUGUUUCCCAGGUACAGUCCAUUGGAAAUCAAGCAGUUAACAACCUUGUCAGCUUCUUGAAUAUUGACCAAGAAUCCGAUAUCCAUGAGCACUCUGCUGAGGAUGGGGUAUAUGAUGAGAUGGAGAGUCAGAAAAUAAAGUACGCCAGUUUUCAUCGUUCAUCUUCCCUGCAGUCUGAUAUGAGUUCUGAUGCCACAAGUCUGCAGUUAGGAAGGAUCAUCCGUCACAUAUGGUCCCGAAUGCGGUCCAAUAAUGAUGUUGUCUGUUAUUGUUGCUUUGUCAUCGUCUUUUUGUGGAACUUCAGUUUGCUUUCCAUGGUGUAUCUGGCAGCUUUAUUCUUGUAUGCACUGUGUGUUAAUUCUGGUCCAAGUUACAUAUUCUGGGUUAUCAUGCUCAUAUACACAGAAGUUUAUAUUUUGCUUCUGUAUCUAUACCAGAUUAUCAUCCAGCACUAUGGUUCACAUAUUGCUUCAGACCUACUUCGUGAGUUGGGAUUUCCUGUGCGUAAAAUGUCUUCAUUUGUUGUCAGUUCGUUGCCCCUAUUUCUUGUGUACUUAUUCACCCUUGUCCAGAGCUCUAUAACCGCAAAGGAUGGCGAGUGGAUGUCUUCAACAGACUUCAACUUCUAUAGGAGGAACGCUUUGCAGGGAAAAGAGGUUCCUGUCGGUUAUAGCUGGAGUGAGAGGGCAAAGGACCCGCUGCACAUAAUUGUAAAUGUCAUACAGUUGAUAUGUAGAAGCUUCUUUAGGUACUGGGUAUCACUGACACAGGGAGCAGAGUCCCCUCCUUACUUUGUUCAGGUUUCUAUGGAUGUGUGCUCCUGGCCAGAGGAUGGGAUACAGCCAGAAAGGAUUGAGUCUGGAGUAAAUCAAUUGCUUAGAAUCAUCCAUGAUGAAAGAUGCAAGGCAAAGGAUCCUAAGCGAUGCCCUUUUGCUAGCAGGGUGCAUGUACAAAGCAUUGAAAGGAGUCGAGAAAAUGCAAAUGUGGCCUUGGUCGUUUUUGAGGUAGUAUAUGCCUCCCCCAUAACAGACUGUGGUUCGGUAGAAUGGUACAAGUCACUAACUCCAGCAGCUGAUGUGGCAAAGGAGAUUCUUAAAGCACUGCAUGCUGGCUUUGUUGAAGAAAUAGGAUUCCCAUAUCCUAUACUCUCUGUUAUCGGGGGAGGCAAAAGGGACAUUGAUCUGUUUGCCUAUGUAUUUGGUGCUGAUCUAAGUGUUUUCUUUUUAGUGGCCAUAUUCUACCAGUCCAUUAUAAAAAAUAAAAGUGACUUUCUUGACGUGUAUCAGCUUGAAGAUCAAUUUCCUAAAGAGUUCGUCUUCAUCUUAAUGAUUAUUUUUUUCUUGAUUGUCCUUGAUCGAAUAAUCUACCUCUGUUCAUUUGCCACUGGAAAAGUGAUUUACUACCUUUUUAACCUCAUCCUCUUCACGUAUUCAGUUACAAAGUAUGCUUGGCAUAUGGAAUCUUCCCGCCAACAUGCUGGAGGAUUAGCACUCCGUGCUAUAUUUCUUGCAAAAUCAAUAUCUCUGGCACUGCAAGCUAUACAACUUAGACAUGGAAUUCCUCAUAAAAGCACUUUGUACCGUCAAUUUUUGACCAGUGAAAUUUCACGAAUUAAUUACGUAGGAUAUCGACUAUAUCGUGCUCUGCCGUUCCUUUAUGAAUUGAGAUGUGUACUUGACUGGUCAUGUACAACCACAUCUUUGACCAUGUAUGAUUGGCUGAAACUGGAGGACAUACAUGCAAGCUUGUACCUCGUCAAAUGUGAUGCAGUCCUGAAUAGAGCAACGCACAAACAAGGAACAAAGCAAACACAAAUGACCAAAUGUUGCAAUGGGAUUUGUCUGUUUUUCAUAUUGAUUUGUGUUAUUUGGGCUCCAAUGCUGAUGUAUAGCAGUGGUAACCCAACAAACAUUGCAAAUCCCAUUAAAGAUGCCAGUGUUCAAGUUGAUAUCAAGACAAUGAGUGGAAGGUUGACCCUGUAUCAGAGCACCCUCUGUGAAAAGAUUGAUUGGGAUAACGUCAACUCUGAUGUUAAUCUUGACCCUCAAGGUUAUUUGGAGACAUAUAACAAGAAAGAUGUCCAGUUGAUAUGCUGUGAAGCUGAUGCAAGUGUUCUGUGGCUUGUUCCUGAUGUCGUUCAGACCAGAUUCAUACGGUCCCUCAAUUGGGAGAGCAACAUGGCUAUAACUUUUACUUGGGUACUUACCAGGGAGAGACCCAAGGGCAAGGAAGUUGUGAAAUAUGAAAAUAAUCUUGGUGUUGAGGAUCUUCCAAAACAAUCAGAUGUACAAAAAGUCCUUAAUGGCUCUAUCAACAGCUUUAGGAUACACAAUGUCUAUCCAAGAUACUUGCGUGUCCCAGGUUCUGGUGAUGUCAGGCCACUGGAACCAGGGGAAACUUUCGUCACUGCGGACCUCGUUAUAAAUCGUGCUAGUUACCAGUGGUGGUGGUCCUUCAGUGACAUCAAUUCAUCAGAUGUCAACGGAUGUGGCGGUUUGAGAGGACCCAUGGCCAUUAUUAUGUCUGAAGAAACGCCGCCACAGGGUAUUCUUGGUGACACACUAAGCAAGUUCAGCAUCUGGGGUCUCUACAUAACAUUUGUUCUUGCUGUUGGCCGCUUUAUCAGACUUCAGUGCUCUGACCUAAGAAUGAGAAUCCCCUAUGAAAAUCUUCCCUCCUGUGAUAGGUUGUUGGCCAUUUGUGAGGAUAUAUAUGCUGCAAGAGCAGAGGGUGAGCUUGGUAUUGAAGAGAUCCUUUACUGGACACUGGUGAAGAUUUACAGAUCACCACACAUGCUGCUAGAGUACACGAAACCUGACUAGACCAAACAUCAAAUGCUACCUUCUGCUGUCGAUGACUCCAGUACUGGGUUUAAUGCUGGCAUUAGGUUUGACUAACACCCAUUUAUAGACCUCAGAAAAACUGAAACCCAGUCAAUGUAAUACAAAACACAAUUCUUUUGUAGCCAUGGAAAACUCUGGCAGUGAUGUUUCUUGUCUUCCUCCAGAGAACAUCUUACAGUUUAGCAUACCUUUUGCCUAAUGAAAGGGGAAAAUAGUGGUUACAUGUACACUGUAUUCCCAAAUGACUCUGGUUAUGUAAAUAGUUCAAUACAUCAAAAAAAAAAAAAAGUAGUUCAAUUCAAGUUCA